AGGAAGCAGUGAGGUGGGGCUCGGGUCUGUGCUGCCCUCUCUUCCUCUCCUCCGCCUCGUUCACUCGCUCCGGUUUUAGACUGGCUUUUGAUUCCUGGCGGGAAGGACAUCCUGGAUUUUGAGGAGGCAGGAAUAGCAUUUGGUGUUGUCUGAUUGGCGCUGCUGUCAGUGCUGAGUGUGUGUGUGUGUGUGUGUGUGUGUGUGUGUGUGUGUGUGUGGCAGGGGACAGAGGGUAGAGCGAAGCCAGAGGGAGGCCAAACAUGGCCAGUGAGGACGUACUGGAGGACCUGCCAGGGGAUCAACCGGUUGAUUCCCCAGUACACACUGAGCAGAGUGACACAGAGUCUUCGAGUGAUCCAGGCGGGAUGACAGUGCUCCAGCAGCUUGGUCUGGACCAAAACUCUGACUUCUCUGACUCCAGCGUGCAGCAGCGCCUGGACGAGCACCGCGAGAGGAUCCGCAGGGAGAUCCGCAAGGAGCUGAAGAUCAAGGAGGGUGCAGAGAAUCUGCGCAGGGCCACUACCGACAAGAGGAAUGCCCAGCAGGUGGACUCGCAGCUCCGCAGCUCCAAGCGCAAGCUGGAGUCCCUCCAAUCUCAGCUGCAGGAGUUAGAUGCGCACAUUGUGGUUAAAGGCCCUGAUGAGAACAAAGAUGCCCCCAAGUCUCCGGGGUCGGACAGUCGGAUGUCGGCCAAUCAGCACCGCAUUGCAGCUUUGGAGCGGCAGCUAAACAUUGAGCUGAAGGUCAAACAGGGAGCAGAGAACAUGAUUCCAAUUUAUGCCAAUGGAGGUACCAAGGACAAGAAGUUCCUCCAGGGGGCUCAGCAAAUGCUGCAGGACAGCAAGACAAAGAUCGACAUCAUCCGCAUGCAGAUCCGAAAGGCCAUGCAGGCUACGGAGCAGUCUGAGGACAACCAAUGUAAGCCGGACCAGUGUGGGGUGGAGCUGCGUGUGGAGGAGCUGUGGCAUCACUACCGCGUGGAACACGCCAUGGCUGAGGGAGCCAAGAACAUGCUGCGACUGCUGGGUGCAGGAAAGGUCCAAGACAAGAAGGCCGUGGCUGAGGCUCAGUGUGGUCUGAGCGAGUCGUCCCAGCGUCUGGACCUGCUUAGGUGCUCUCUGGAGCAGAGGCUGCUGGAGCUCCCCGAGGAUCAUCCCAAGGCCUGCCUCAUCAAGGAGGAGCUGGUGCUGGCCUCCUCCAUGGCUUUCAGCUCCCGCUACAGCGCCCCCUAUGUCCAUAACCAAUACAGCACCCUGAGCAAACCAUCACCACUCACAGGUACUCUGCAGGUACGUCUUCUGGGCUGUAUGGGGCUGCUGGAGGUCGUCCCAGGGCGGAGCAAAGGGACCCCAGUGGUUCUUCCCUCUCACUCCCCGGGAGAUGGACGCUCCUCAUUCAAACUGAGUGGCCUCUACAGCCGCAGCACCAGCAGCAUGAGCCUUAAAAUCCCCGGGAAGAACGAGGAGCUCUCCUCGGAGGUGAGCGCAGUGCUGAAGCUGGAGAACACAGUGGUGGGUCAGACAGUUUGGAGAACAGUUGGAGAGCAGGCCUGGGACCAGACCUUCACUGUAGAGCUGGAGAGAUCCAGGGAGAUGGAGAUUGCAGUGUACUGGAGAGAUUACCGGUCCCUGUGCGCUCUGAAGUACCUGAAGCUGGAAGAGUUCCUGGACAACCAAAGACACAGAGUCCAGCUGGAACUGCAGCCACAGGGGCUGCUGCUGGCUGAGGUGACUUUCUUCAACCCAGUAAUAGAGAGAGGCCGAAGACUCCAGAGGCAGAAGAAAGUCUUCUCUAAACAGCAUGGUAAAGCCUUCCUGCGUGCUCGUCAGAUGAAUGUGGACAUCGCUACCUGGGUCCGCCUGCUUAGGAACGCCAUCCCCAGUGGAAGCAACACACCUGCCUACACACCAAGUUUCACGAGCAACACACUCACACACAGCACAGGAGAAAUCUCAGUGGAGAAGCUGAAUCUGGACAGCGACUCUCCUCCCAAAGCUGAUAUCAGGAGAGAUGUGGUGGACUCACCCGCCCCCUUGGAACAGAUGCCGGUCAUUGAGCCCCUGUCUACGCCGGAUGUCCCUGUUCACGAGCAGCCAACCAGAUCGCUGUCCCAGAACUCUUUACGCAGAUCCAGCACAGGCCCUCUUUGCCUGCAGGACUUCAAGCUGGUAGCAGUGCUCGGCAGGGGCCACUUCGGGAAGGUGUUGCUGUCGGAGUACAAGAAGACAGGCAGCCUGUACGCCAUCAAAGCCCUGAAGAAGGGAGACAUUGUUGCGAGGGAUGAAGUGGAAAGUCUGAUGUGUGAGAAGCGGAUCUUUGAAACCGUCAACGGCUCCCACCACCCCUUCCUGGUCAACCUGUUUGCAUGUUUCCAGACGCCAGAACAUGUGUGCUUUGUCAUGGAGUACACGGCAGGAGGAGACCUCAUGAUGCACAUACAUGCCGACGUCUUUUCUGAGCCACGUGCUAUCUUCUACUCAGCUUGUGUGGUCUUGGGACUGCAGUUUCUUCAUGACCAUAAGAUUGUGUAUCGGGAUCUUAAAUUGGACAACUUGCUGCUCGACACAGAGGGUUUUGUGAAGAUAGCAGACUUUGGGCUCUGUAAAGAAGGCAUGGGUUAUGGGGACAAGACCAGUACAUUCUGUGGGACCCCUGAGUUUCUUGCCCCGGAGGUGCUGACAGACACAUCGUACACCAGAGCAGUCGAUUGGUGGGGGCUCGGGGUGCUGGUCUAUGAGAUGUUGGUCGGUGAGUCUCCGUUCCCAGGUGACGAUGAGGAGGAGGUUUUCGACAGCAUAGUGAACGAUGAAGUGCGCUACCCUCGCUUCCUCUCCACCGAAGCCAUCGGCAUCAUGAGACGGUUGUUGAGAAGGAAUCCUGAGAGACGUCUGGGCUCCGGAGAAAAGGAUGCUGAAGAUGUCAAAAAACAACCUUUCUUCAGGGGUAUGGACUGGGAGGCACUUCUUCAGAGGAAAGUCCCGCCCCCGUUCGUCCCGAACAUUGGAGGAAAAGAAGACGUCAGCAACUUUGACGUGGAGUUCACAGCUGAGCCUCCUGCCCUCACGCCGCCCCGCGAGCGCCGCACCCUCUCCCGCAAGGAACAGGACCACUUCAAGGAUUUUGACUAUGUCUCCGACCUCUGCUAGGGUCAGGGGUCAGAGGGUCGCAGGUUUAUUAGCUGCCCACUGCCAGCCACAGACUCUGCAAGGAGACUGAGAAGUGAAGACUGACUCUCUGUCCCGUCCAGGGAGAGAGGAACUUGAUGGUGAUGAGAGGCGAGGAUCACUCUUACUCUGUCCUCUUUCUCUCUGUCUGUGUGUGUUUUGCGAUGGGAUGGAGAACUGGCUGGGCCGAGCGAGUGUGAACGGGGAUCAGUGGAGUCUGAUCGCGUGUUGCACACAUAUGCAGUGUCACGGAUCUGCUGACCUACAGGUCAGCAGAUCCGAGACACCGCGUGGCUUUUAGAGGAGGAAGUCGUGCUGAUAAUGGAAGAUAAUCCAGAUUAUGUAACAAAUGGAAGAUGAGAUGAUGGAUGCUGCUGUUUGUCCUGCCUGGCAACACACUGAAGCAUAAAAAACAAAAAAACAGUGAUCGUACUGAAAUGCUCUGAGAGCCUAAAAAUCACAGAGACCGGAAGCAGUUUGUCACUCUUCUUACUGUACUUGCUCUAGUCUCUUGUCCCUUUAUCUCUGCUGUUUGUUGCUGCUAAGAGUGUGUGUUUCGCUGUGUACGGUGUCCCUGCCUCAGUCACUGAAUGUAUCCACGUCAACUGCAAUCGUGCACAACCUGUACAUUAACACAUGGGGGAGCCAGAGGAACGAGGAAAUUCUGCUAAUGUUUGAUCAGAGCUGCUGCCUGUUGACUGUGUGAAUAAAAAGCAGAGUAAGUGGGGGGGAGUUAACAGAGAGGGAGGAGAGUCAGGUGCUGUUUGUGUGUCUGUGCUCAACCUUACAUAGGACACCUCUUCAUCGUCUUCUCUUUCCACUGUCUUUCGGUACAACACAGAUUUUUAACUACAAUCUUUUUUCAAUGACAAAAAGCUUUUACAAAUUUUGUUCUUUUUUUGUGAUUUAUAGUUUUUUUUCCCCAUCUGUGUUUCCUCCUCUGUCAUUUGCUAGUGAAAUGUGUUGGAACUGUGACUCAGUAAAGAUGUGAACCCAA